AUUGUGUGAUUGCUUUUAACGCAUACAGUCACGAGUCAGUUCAGUACAGAAUUUUGCUAUUUCACAAGCACGUAAUUCUGCUAUAUAGGUCCAGUUCAAUAGCACAUACCAUUAAUGAAUCGUGAUGAAAACACUGAUUCACAUAAUGAAGUCCUGCCUAUGCCAUUGAAAGAGUAGAAUAAUAUGUUUUUUUGAAAGCAAUGAAACUUGCCACUGGGAAAUUCUGGAGAUUGUGUAACAUAGAAAGGUAGUGAAAGCUCUUCAGAUUUGUAUGGGCCUCUGUGCUAUGUUGCUUGGUCAGGAGUUUUUACAAUAGGAGGCACAUGCUCUUUAGUCUUGGUCCAGGUAUAAAUGCAAGGGUUAAACCAGGCAGGAUGUCAGUUCACCAGUUGGAAACAGCUUGAACAAACCAAACCAGCCAUCAUGACUAUGGGCAAGGUUAUCUUCUAUGAGGACAGGAACUUCAUGGGGCGCUCCUAUGAGUGCACCGGUGAUUGUUCCGAUAUGCACUCUUACAUGAGCCGCUGCCACUCCUGCAGGGUGGAGAGCGGCUGCUGGAUGGUCUAUGACCGCCCCAACUUCAUGGGAAACCAGUAUUUCAUGAGGAGGGGCGAGUACGCUGACUACAUGAACAUGUGGGGCUGGGGCAACAACUGCAUCAGGUCCUGCCGCAUGAUCCCCAUGUACAAAGGAUCCUACAGAAUGAGGAUCUAUGAGAGGGACAACUUCAUGGGUCAGAUGUAUGAGAUGACGGACGACUGCGAUUCCUUCAUGGAUCGUUACCACUGGUCCAACGGCUGCAUGUCCUGCCAUGUGAUGGAUGGCCACUGGCUCAUGUACGAGUAUCCCCACUACAGAGGCAGGAUGUGGUACUUCAGGCCUGGAGAGUACAGGAACUUCAGGGACUACGGUGGCAUGAGGUUUAUGAGCAUGAGGCGCAUCAUGGAUUCCUGGUAUUAAACCAUUUAUACUGAUUAUGCAAACCAAUUUUCAAUAAAAAAUAAAGUCUUUAAAAUUGAUUGUUGUUCUUUUUUUGAGAAAGGAGGCUUUGUUGUUUUAUGCACAGCUAUCUGAAAUGUCCAUAAUUAAGUAGUUCAAUCAUUUCUUGGGUAAUUACUCUUUUAUCGGGCCAAGAUUUUUAUGGAGGGGUAUUGUUUUUAUACAGCUUUUGGCUUUUAAAUUCCCUUUCAAGCCAGGCUCUUUCCUCCAAAUCCACAGAUCCUCCAAGUAGUAGAAAUUACAGAGUAAGUAAUUACUCACCUUUCUUAUUUUUGUCUUAUUUUUUCCCAGCAGUGCUUAGUUUAAUUUGCUUAUAAUAAACACAAUAGGUUAAGAUAUUCUGA